UGCGCCAAGUCGUUCAGUUAACGUGGGUUAACGUCGGCAGCGCUGCAUGAGAAUGUGAUAUGUUUCUUAUUUGCGAAGAAUGUUGGGUUACGAUAGACAAAGCCAUGCUACGAAAAAUCUCUUCUCAGACUCUUCCGACGAUGAUACCGGUUACGUUAGCAAAAAAGGAUCGAGCAGCGCAACCAGCGAAUUCGACGAGUCGAUACAAGCAAUGUGCGAUAUUUACGGACAGACGCCGCCGAGAACACGACUGAAUCGCAAGAAGAGGUAUAUGAAGCAGAAACUGAGUGGAGGAGAUGUUAAGUCGUUAGAGAAAGAAACGCCAUCGAAAGCAACGAUUCGCAGACGAAACACUUUGGACAACAUAAUAUUUAACGAGAUGUGCGACAAAGCAGACAGAGAUUGCGAGAACGAGUUCAAUCAGGACAUAACGAAGGAAGAGAAUCGAAAAUGUAAGAGAAGCUUGAAAUUGUUGCGCGGCAACGAAAGGGACUUAAAACUUGACAUGGAAGCGGCGUACAAUUAUGCCGAUAGAUCGGAUCACUACAAAGCGUCCACCCCGAAUCAUAUGAAGAUUGAAACUAGAAAUAGAUUUCGAAGUCUGCGGUCAAAGCCCGUCGAUAUAGAAGAGAAGAGGGUUCAAUAUGAAGUUGACGAGCAAAAUUUAACUUCGGAUACCACGGAAUCAGUUGUUCAGUCACCGAGGGCGCUGAGUUUUAAGGAACGAGAAAUAUUUCACGACACAUUUUCUUUUCUGAUUAGACUGGGGAGUACAGAACGCAAUUGUCGUCGUCAAAUGAGUCACGAAGAAUCUCGAUGGCAAAACGAAUUGAAAGACUUGAUAUGGCUCGAAUUACAAGCUCACCAUGCAGAUCGUAGUCCAAUGGCUCAAGACGAGUAUUUAUGUAAACAACGCGAGGGCGUAGAAGGGUUACUUAAAGAAAUAAUGGAAUACAGAUACGAUCCCAUCGCGAAUGUGAAGGAUAAUAAUGGACCUUGGAUCAAUGUUAACGACACAGAUAUUGAUCGAGUAAUGAAUCCUGGUUCAAGUCCAAAUAUAGAACUCGGAAUUUGUCCAGGUUGUCUUUCUAUGUACUGUAGAGCAUGUGCGCGAGCACAAGGUGAAGCGUUACAGCAAGUGGAAGCCCUGUUGGCUAGAUUGGAGGCAGCAGAAGCGCUUUAUCCUUCGUCGCAAGCCUUGGCUGCGCAUUAUCCAUUGUAUAAAAGUGCAGAAUUUACUAGUCGAGUAAAAGCAAUGUGUUUGUGGUAUAAUAUGACCAAACAUCAUCGUCUUAAAUUACAAAUUUUGGGAAAAUUACUAAUGAUGUUACAUACCAAGAAAAAACACGAUGAGACUGGAGAUUCUGGGAUAAGUUCACGAGGCUCAGACACAGUUGAUUCUUUGGAACAUCGCCAAACUCUGGUGCGGUUCGAAAUAUCAAAUCAACAAGAAGAAUGCUCCAGUCCCUCAGACAGUAACAAUAGUAAUAAUUCAUCAGCUGGUUUAUCUAUUGUACAAUCAUGGCCCCCUACUCCAGACACUUCUUGCACAUUUACGGAAUACGAGAGAGGCGAGCGACUUGAUUUUUAUUUGGUCGAGUUCGAUCGGCACGCUUACAGGAAGUAUAUCGAAGAUGUGUUGAAAACUCGAGGGCUUGGAAAAAGCUUAAAUUUCCUGGAGAGAUUGCACACUUCUAUCUUGAGAAAAGCAAGACUGACGUUAGAAAAAGGUAAUAUAAGUAAAUCUAGUGAUGUAAACGAGGAAUAUGAAGGUGACGAACAGCUGCGUCGAUAUGGUGUAUGGUGUCCUGAAGCAAGAGAAUUGAAUCUUCCAUCGUAUAGAGCCGCUUUUGUAUUUCUCUCCCGAGUGCCGUUGGACGUUGUACACGAAUUCCUGAGAAUGAGAUUAGAACAGAAGCCGGAACAACCUAGUCCGUUAUCGGUUCGACAACUUAUGCGUGAACUCAGGGAAGGUCUUAGAAUUGCGUGUAUACAUCGUGACAGAUUUGCUGCUCAUUCUUGUGCAGCGGUCGGUAGCGAUGCUGAUACUUGCAACCAUUUGUUCCAAGAAAAUGUAAAAGACUUUGAUGAAAGUUUGAAAGCUGUUUUCGAAGUAUAUCUUGACUAUCUACAACAGUGGGUAGAUAUGGUACAGCAUGAUAGUUUUCAUAAGAACUUGAUCAUGGAUGAGUGGAUAUUUGUAAAAUCGAUCGCAGGAAAUAUAUCGGAUGGGUACAAAAUUGCUGGUGUGAAAUUUUGUGAAAUCGCCAGAACGAUGAUCAAGCAAGUCAAAGAAUUCCUUAACGAAAGACCUCGAGAGAUUAAUGAGAGUACAGAGGAUUGGAACGACGAUGACUGGUCAAACAAAUUACAAGUUAUAUUCGUGGGUCGUGAAUGGCAAGGGAUGUUCGUGGAGGCUCGAGAAAAGGUCGUCAAAAGUGUCACCCUUGCUAGAUGUGUACAACGUGACAUCGAAAAAUGGCCUGUUUUCACCAAGGUGUUGGAAGAAUCAUUGGUAGAUUUAAGGGAAAGAGUUAUGGAUCUACGACAUCAGAUAACAAGUGUUAUUAAGAAUUUUCAACAUGACAUUGAAGAAGUAGAAGAACCAAAGGCUGAAUGUGAUAGAUUUGCUAUGCGUUCAAGAAUAAGAGAAAUACUUCACCAGGCUUAUCGAAUGGGAUUUGACUAUCAUAAAGAGACAUGUAAAUUAUUUGCGCUUGGAGACAAGGCUGUUUUAGCGCGAAGUUUAGUUUCUUUUGCUCUUUUGUGGAUGGAAUUCGUCAGAACACGCUGUGAACGCGGGAGGGGUUUAAGACCUAGAUGGGCAAACCAAGGUUUAGAAUUUUUAAUUACGGUAUGCGAACCGCAUAACACCAAACAUUUGACCAAUGACGAAUUUGAAGAAUUGAAAACAUGUAUGGAUCGUUGUAUAUCACACGUUGUCGGAAGUGCCAAUACUGGCGCGCACGUAGAAGCAGAAAACUUAAGAAGAUUAUCUCGCUCGAGAGCCUCGUCACCUUGUCAUACUAGAAGCAGAACUGCAAGUCUAAGUCUUUCUCAGAAGCCUAAAGAUAUUUUUAAAUCUCCUGAUACCACGUUAAAUCUUAAAAAGUCCUCGCCAAGCGCAAUCGAUGGAAAUGUAGGCGUGAUUUUAAACACGCCUGAUCGUUCGGUAUCCAGACAAGAGCGAGUUAUUCGCGCUAUUACAAAGGUGGAAUCGGAAAUUGACGAAAGGCUCAGGAGCCGUGAACUUAUUGGUCUAGUUACAGAUAGGAAAGCUGUCGAUAGAGUGCGUAUCAAAGCAAGAAGAGUUACUUUUACCUGGCAAAGAGGCAUUAAAAUAGGCCAAGGAAGAUUUGGUAAGGUGUAUACAGUAGUGAACAAUCAAACUGGCGAAUUAUUAGCAAUGAAAGAAGUUCAAUUACAACCGGGCGACCAUCGAGCGAUUAGGCGGGUUGCCGAGGAAUUACAAAUAUUUGAAGGAAUUCAACACAAACAUCUAGUCCGAUACUAUGGUCUGGAAAUACAUCGUGAGGAAAUGUUAAUCUUUAUGGAAUUUUGCGCCGAAGGAACUUUGGAAAGUCUAGUAGCGGGCAGCGGAACUGGUUUGCCGGAAUCGUUAGUUCGAAAAUAUACUCAUCAACUUUUAUCAGCUGUAGCUGUCCUUCAUUCUCAUGGAAUAGUACAUCGUGACAUUAAAUCCGCAAAUAUUUUUUUAACGGAUGAGGCUAAUUGUUUGAAACUUGGAGAUUUUGGAAGCGCUGUACAAAUUAAAGCUCACACUACGAUGCCUGGGGAAUUACAAGGUUUUGUUGGCACUCAAGCUUACAUGGCGCCAGAAGUAUUCAUGAAAUCGGAGACUGGCGGUCAUGGUAGAGCCGCUGAUAUAUGGUCGGUUGGUUGUUGCAUCAUAGAAAUGGCUAGUGGACGACGACCUUGGUCAGAUUAUGAUUCUAAUUAUCAAAUUAUGUUUAAGGUUGGAAUGGGUGAAACACCAACGUUGCCAAAAAAUCUUUGUGUCGAAGGCAUCGACUUGAUCAAUAAGUGCUUGCAACAUGACCCAAAGAAACGAUUAACUGCGCAUACCUUACUUACAUUACCGUUUGCGCAAGCAUACGAAGAUGUUAAUGCUGACUUAGCGGUACUGCGCCAUCAAGCAUAAUAUAAGAGUUGAAUUAAACAUUUCAACUUGAAAUAAUUACGAGUUUUAUAAUAUUGUCAUCUUCAUCAGGUUAAAUAUAUUACUUAGUUUUACCCUCAGUUACCCCACGGAUACAAAAUGGAACCAACAAAUCUUCCGAUCUCCCGGAUUUGGCUGCUUCGGGAGAACCGAUGAUGGUUCCGUGGUAGACUACAUACCUGAGCUUCAUACUUUUUCCCUCCAGCUCCAAAUCUCCUUUUUCUGCUCAUAUGGAAAUAUCUAUAAAUUUCAAAAAUACAUGAACUCAUAGUGACCCCCGUGGGUUAACUCAAGGUUAAUACCAAAAGUACUUGUAGAAGCCCAAAUCUCUCGAUUAUUUUAAUGUUUUUUCUUGACAAUUCUAUUAUUUAGAUGGCUGUGCAGUUUUUAAUACAUAGAAUUAUGUUAUUGUUGUAUGUAAAAUAGAUAUUCAUUUAUUACAAAAAUUUCGUUUCUCAGUCUCGAGGUGAAAAUGAUUAUUCAGCAAUUUUCGUAAGUAUACACUACAGUAGAGAACAAUUUUAUCUAGGUAACGAAUAAGAAUAACGAAUAUUUUAUUUAGAUACAAAUUUAAUCGUAUUACGUAAAUGGAUAAAUAAGUAUGUAUUUGCUACGCAAACGAUCUAGUCCGUUUUAGAGCUUUAUGUUAUGUACUUUAACAAUGAUGAAAAUCGCCACAUUGUUAGAAAAAAUGUAAUUCAAUUAACAAAUGUAAUCUUUAAUCCCGAAUACAAAUAAUUUGUUAUCUUUUAUAACUACCAACUACAAUUACGAUUGUAAUUGUUACACAAUGCAAUUUUAGUGUGUUAAAUGUUGAUUCGAUUACAUUUUAUUUAACGUUGCGUCGAUCUUUCCAAAAUAAAGAUACACGGUGUCUGUAUCGUUCAUAUAUCGAAUAAGUACUUAUUCACUCAUUUACGUUAUUCCAAUAAAUUUUUGCGUAGAUAAAGUUUUCUAGCGAGAGAAGGAUCAAAGUUUUAUCCAACAAGUGAAACGAUUUUAUCUAGAUUCUAUAUUUGUUCAAAUAACGCCGUGUUGCAGCACGUACCGCCUAAUGUAACUAAAGUUGUUCAUAAAAUGUUUGAAAGACUACAGCAAAAUAUUAUGCAGCUGUUAACAUAUAUAAAUUAAAAUUAACAUUCCAAUCCCGAGAGAGGUAUUUGUAUAAUAUAUUCACAAGUGUACUUUAAAUUAUUUUUUAAUCCUUUCCUUUUAGUCAAGCAAUGUACUGUAACUGUUGUAAACACUAUAUUGUAAAUGGAAUAAAAUAGUUACAAAGAUGAUGUCACAAUAAUGUUUAUUUUGCACAAGGAAACGUACACAUAAUACAACAUACUUGGUUUAAAUUAAUUACAGAGGUAUGUCGUGUAUGCUUUCUGUAUAAACAGAAAGCGAAGUGUGCUUACAAGUUUAAUAAUCAUUAGAUAUAUCGCAUACGAAGACGACUAUUUCGCGAACAAUGUUUUACUCACGAUUUCUUGGUCGUUCUCGACAGUUACAAUUCUUAUCAAUUACGUUACUAUCACAUUUUAUAAUUCAUAUGUAUAAUUUCACGCUAGCGAUAGUUGUCUUCGUACGAUUAUUUUUUUAUAGAAGUUUGACCGAACUUUCGAUAUAUACGUGACGUCGGUUCAGUUAACUUCAUUUUAUAAGCAAUUCUAUCAGUUACAAGGACGUGUCCUAUUUGAUAAAAUCGUCGCUACGGUGGCUUUCGCCUGAUAUGCGCGAUAUUCUUGGCCGCAAAGGUGCAAUCGCAAUGAUUUUGCGAUACCUAUUAUGAGUAUUUUAAAUAACAUACUAUUUUACCUUACAUCUAAUAGGUAUUUGCAUCUUAAACUAAUACAGAACACUUUCAUAUAUCGUACACAUAUGCGCGGAAUAUCUAUACAUUCUCUUAUGCGUAAAUGCGUAUUUGUUGAUAUGUGCAUAGUUGCUUAUGUAUAUAAUUGCAUAUAAUUUUAUUUAGUAACGAUUCAAGGAACCUUCUCAAUUCCUCGCGCCAUUUAAAGAUUCAUUCAGCGAUAAGAAAAAGCAGAACAUCUUAGAGUUUUUAUAUAAAAUUUCUGAUCAACUAGUACUAGCGAUUCGGGCGAACAUUUGUCCGCUUAUUUAAAAUAUAUUUCCAUAAAACAAUCAACCAAAUAUUCGUUUACCGUCGAUAAGAUUGCUAAGAUUAUUUGUUUCAGUUAGAAUUAAUUAUUUAAAUAAUUAAUUUAGAGGUGUCGUAUUAGUAAAUACUAUUUAAAAAUUAUACGAACCGCGUUAUACGUUAUACAGUGAUUCAUUAUGGAACCGCUAGAGAGUAUUAACAAAUUUUCCAACUGUUCGUUGGUAAAAUCAAAUCACUGACUAAUACUCGAUAAUAAAUCCAUCGUAUAACGACAAUAUACAUAUACAUUUAGAUGGGAACUUACAUAAAGCCGCGUACAGACUCAAAAGCCAAGGCGACCGGAGGCAACGUAAGUUCGGAUCUCGCGAGUGCCAACGCGCGCCAAGAUUCGAGCUCGCGCGGGUUCGAUUCGCUUGGCUCUUCGGUCUGUACGCGACGCGAUACACGUGUCUGUACAGAGGAAGUAAUUUACAAUAGAGUUAACGAACUUCGUAAAAUAUCGAUAAUGUCAACAGAUGCGUGUACUUGUGUGUAUUCGGGUCCCAUGGAAAUCACCGACACAGAUUUCGUCGAGGAGAAUUCACUGACGGUAGUUUCGACCAACACCAAUAUUAAUCGCGAUAUACAUUCUCUGCGUGGACAAUUACAUGCGUUACAGUAGAUAAAUCUUUAUAUUAAACGCAGAAAAUGUAUACCAAUAUUGCUGUCGAUCAAAUCUAUAUGGUAUCGGCGAAAUCUGUAUCAGUAAUAUCUAUGGUACUCACGUAAUCACGUAUCCACUAAUUGUAAGUUACAAAUACAGUAAACUCUGCUCGUUCGUUACAACCGAGCAAGCGUAACGACGUCAGCACGCGGAUAGCACCGACCGAUAGCAUUUAUACGUUUCGGGUUGAUAAAGUUAAAUCUUUCGCUAUCGAUAGAGUUUGGUACUUAAGAGAAGUAGCUCUAGUUACAGUAGUUAUUAGACGUAGAAGAUUAAAGUGAUAGACAGAUAGAGCUAUCGUCGACGUUCGCCGGUCUAUCAAAGAAGGGCGAAUCGCCGACCUACCUAAGAAUUGGACAGGAAUGUACUGUGCGGGGGCCAACACACGAACGAUUGGCCACGUUUAAAAUGUGUUUGCAACAGACGAGGUCCGUGCGCUAGAAAUCUCUUCUCUACCUAACGUGGUUAGUUUCUCGGUCUCUAAUCGUCUAUUCUGUCUCUUCGUUGCGUCUAUUCGAUAUGUUGCACGGUCAAACUAUAGCGCGAGACAUAAUUAUAACCCACCCAAUGGUUUUGUUUAUGUUUUUUUUUUUUUUUUGUAUUUAGAGAUACACGAUUCUUAUCACGAGGGAUACCAUUCCCUUUUACAUCGUCACAAGAUCAGUAGAGAGCUGUGACAAUUUGGAAGGGAGGUAGUGCUCUAAUCAGAAAUUAUGAGGUUUGCGUAAUAGAAUUUACGGUGUAUGUUUAUGUAACGUAUAUGCUAUAUAAACCAUAUUCGGUUUAAAAGCAAUAAAUAAAUAAUAAUAGAAUUUACGGUGUAAAGCAGGGCUUCUUAAACUUUUGCGCAACCCAAAAGAUAUAAAAUAAGGAUACGUAAAUAUUUUGUGACGAUUUAUUGACUAGGUAACGAUAUAUACAUAAGAAAAAAGCAUAGUUUUAGAAUUUUUUUUAAAAACAUACAAAAAUAUGAAAUUAAAAAUUGCUCAAAAACUUGUAAAAUUGUACUUAUUAUAGUUACACAAAUUGUAUAUCCUUUUUUUCAUCAAAACUGCAUUUCUUGCAGAACAUAAAUAAAAAAGAAUGUUAAAUAUUUUAUAUUAAAAUGGCCUGAUGUAAAGUAUAAACAAAAAUGUUGGGUGAGCUAUCGUGUUGCCAUUUUUAUUGCAGGAGAAUUUCUAAAUUGAAGUUGGCGCCAUUUCUCGGAAAAUUUAGCAAAUAUGAAAAACAAAUUUUUAACUCGACUUUCCGACUUUUAAUUUAAAAAAUUGCAUUGUAAAUCCGAAUAACUCGGUAAUUUUCAUGGCAUACUCGUUAAAUUCCUUCGCGUAAAUGUGUGCGUUUGAAAAUACUUUCGUAAUUUUAAUAGAAAUACAAUCGUAUUUUAAUUCGAAAAUGUAGUUUGUCAUGUUUUGUGCUCAAACAUUUUUUUCCCCUUAAAUUACAAUUGCACGAUGAUACGAAAAAAUAUACAAGCGAAAAUGCGUAAUUGCUUAGUCCUCAAAAUAAUUACCAUUUCAAAGCUUUAAACACUUUUAAACAUACACGAUAUAGAUAAAUAUUAAAGGGUGUAGUUAUAGACUUUAGAGGUCAAUUAUUUUUCGUAGGACGUACAUAAUCGAAUAAUAAUGUUGUAAAUAAGUUACUAUGUAAGUUAUAUAGGGAAGUCUAUAGAAUUUCGCUAUGUUGCCUUCGAAUAAUUGAUAAUUCUAAAGACACGUGUACGACAGAAUACGAUUCUGGAAAGCGUUAUGUAUAUGCUUAUAUACUUACGUAGUUAAUGAAACGAACACUUUGCGUAGACGCGGUCAACUAUAAAAUUUAUGCUUAUAUAGUUAACAAUAAAAAGAAACUCCAUUGUUUCUGAACAUAUUAACAGAUCUUGUUAAGUCAACAACUUACGCUAAAUUAUUUGAAAUCUUCUACAACGUUCCAUUUAAACUUUUCAGGCUAUAUACUUGUUUACUCGAUGGAAAAAGUAUAGAGAGGUUCAAAAACCUUUCCGAUGUCGGCUGUAUUUUUCUUCAACAAAAUUUUCUAUUUCUCAAAAGAAAAAUAUUUUAGAAAUUAAAGGUGAUUUAAAAAAAAAAUAGUUGUCCUCCCUAUGUCAACAAUUUGCUAAUGCGUUUUGACUUGUAUAAUAAUCUGUUUUCACUUAACUAACAUGUAGCGUUACUUCAUAGCAGCUGAAUGAAAAAAACUUACAAUUAAAAAAUACUGCAAGUAAAUAAAAGUCGGGACAGUUUUCGACCCAAUAAAGAGUUAAAGUAUCAUUUAAGUACCUCGCUAUAUUACUCCAGCCAACUAUACGUCCAGACGUUGCAGCCUUUGAAUAUUUCUAAAUAACACUAACUAAUCGUUCGGUUAUAAUUAAGUUACAGCACGCUAGAACACGUAAAGUGAUGGGAUCAAAUUUACCAAAGCACCAAUAGUUUAACGAUACGUUACCAUUAAUGACCGUUUGUCGUUAACUACUACUAACUAACGAUUACAAUCAAGCGGCAAGGAAAACAACGAAACUGUUCGCUUUCGGUGGAAAGGAACUUCCAGCGCUCGGACGUUAACCCUUUGGCCUACAACCACGAGUCAAACUCGUGGUAAGGAAUUUGGGCUAUAAACAACAAGCACGAGUCUGACUCGUGGUACUUCGUUCGGACUUCCUACCUUCCCGUUUAUUAUGGCUCGAGCAAUCGGGAGAUGGCUUGUAGGUCGAGGAGUUAACGUUCGAGGUUCUUUGUAAUAGGACUAGUGUUUACAAUAACCGACCGAUCUAUAUUGCCUACUACACGCAGCGACUAACGUUUAAACAAUUUCGUCUCUGUCAGUCGAAUUCGGUCGUUGAUUAUGAGAUAAGUAUUUGUACGCGUGUCCUAUGAAAGGGAUAACAAGAUUAUAGUGCCCGCGUUAACGAAGAAUUUUUUAGAAAAAUCUUUUAGAUUUAAGACUUUCGCGUGUGUUAUUCCGCGCUGUAGUUGAUGUCACGUCUGAUUACAGCUUGCUGCCGACGUUUCGGAAAUCAUCAAGGGCUAGAUAGCUCCGUUACCGAGGCGCUUUUCAUUUAGGAUGAGUUUAGAUUCCCUUGUGUUAUUUCGUUCCUACAUUUUCUAUCUCUCCUCGAUUUACAAUGUUUAUAAAAUUCAGUUUGUACAUGUUAAUUAGGACAGCUUUAUAAAGUUACAGAAUAUGCGAUCGAUAAACCUAGCUAAUGUUUGUAAAGUUUCGAAGUUCGUAACAAAGUCAUACAGUAUAAAAUAACGAAUUUACGAGCUUUAACACUUACGAAUUUAGAAUAUCGGGUCUUUCAGACUCGGCGGUUUUUUUAAUUCUCUUAUAAAAUACAGAUGACAUUGUGAACGUUGAUUUUCAUAAAACAAUUCAACAAUUUAAACACGUUUUUAUAUUCCGUACAAAGCUAUUUUUAUAAAUGGGAUAAAUGAUGCUUCUAAAAUAUGUCAAGACCUAGGCGAAUUCACAACGCACCCUCAGGGGCUGUAGCAUGUAAAUACAGGAGAUGUCCCAAAAAUUCGAUCAAAGGUGUGGUUCGGAAGGCGAUUUGAAACAACUUUUUCCUUGGCAAAAAUGUUGUCCGAGG